AUGGUCAAGUCCAGAUCACGCUAUCUCGAGAAUCUCACAGUGAACGAAGCAGAGUACAACAGUCUCCUGUUGGGACUCGAUAUGCUAGCGGACCUGGAUCGUAAGCACCUAGUGAUCUGCGGAGAUUCUAACCCAGUGAUCCGGCAAGUACGGGGCGAGAUCGAUUGCAAGACACCCGGGCUGACGCUAUUGGAGCGGAGGACCCUCGAUCGCCUGAGGAAAUGGAGUGAUCAUGAGCUAGUACAUGUGAAGAGAGCCUGGAAUGGGAGUGCCGACAGUCUAGCGAGUGAGGCUUUGCAACAGCAAGGCGGGAUCGAGGUCCAGGUUGGUCCUAAACACCAAGAUCAGGUUACCCUGAAUCGGCUGGACGAGAUUCUUAUUCACAAGACCGAGAAUCCAGUGGUGCGAGUUGCAGCGGUCACCACACGAGCUGCCCGAGUGAGGUCCCCUGCGGGAGUCAUGCAAGAGGAUCUGCGGGUCAAUCGUGUCAGGCAGGUUCAGGAGGAGGAGGUCUGGAUCACAGGCAUGAAGAAGUAUCUGAGUGGCUCAAUCGCCGACCUCACACAAGCUGAAGCUAGAUUGUACGGCAAGAUCGCGGCCGACUACAUGGUGGACGAACAAGUUCUACUUUUUACUGCGCUCCCACGCCGAGAUGGGGGAUCGCUAUCGGUUGCUGAGACUGGUAGUACCCGAAACGUCGCAAUCGGACGUCCUGCACCACUAUCAUACCACGUUAGAGGGCGGGCAUCACGGAGUAGGCCGUACCUACUAGCGGAUCCGAGAUCACUUUCACUGGAGGGGAUUAUACCGGAGUGUUCGGAGAUGCCCAAUAUCCAAGGAGAAUCACCAGGAAAUCUGCAAACAACGUAUCCGUUCCAGAUCAUUGCGAUGGAUCAUAUACCGUCGCUGCCCAGAUCAAACAAAGAGAACACCGAGCUGUUGAUCUGGGUCGAUUUAUUCACGGGAUACGUGAUAGCGAAGGCUAGCUCGUCCUGA